AAAAUGGUGAAACACCAAUAUGGCGGCGAUUACCAAAAACGAGGCCGAUAAGUAAUCCUUACUAGUGUCUAUUAUCCUUGCGGAAUCGGGCCCGGUUAGAAAAUAAAAUGACAGGCCAAAACCAAUCAAAUCGUGAAAACGCUGUUUGGGUGUUUGAAUGACUCAGCCGACGUCCAGUCAUUUCGUCAACUUUCAAAAUAAAUGGAGAAAACCCCAAUCAAAUAAGUUAAUAAUGGCUUAAUCCUGGGUUUAUACAGACAAAUAACAAGGGCGGUGAAGUUAUAGAUGGAAGACAACAGUGAUCACAAAAAUGGGGCUUUAUCACGUCCAAACGCUGUUAGAGUUCUAGUUGUUGAUGAACCUAGAGCAUACCUUGAGCAAAAGCAACGAUGCAGCGUAGGACCACCUCAAGAAACUGGGGUUGUCCUAAGAAAACACCAUCCAGAUUCACCAAAUGCCUCCUCAAAUUUGAUGAAGUUUCAUAACUCCGCUCUUGGUAAAUCUGCUCCUUCACUUUCAUUAAAUAUGAAAGAUGUAAACCGUCGUAAUAGUCGACCUGCCAUAAACCGUUUAAGCCUUAUUGCUAACACUUCUCCUGUACUGCCAAGAUCUCAUUCUCCAAUAUGUGGAAGCCCUAUCGACAGUCCCAGAACUCAUCAAAGCUUCAUCAAUUUCUCAUUUGCUCCUAUCAAAAGAAUUGUUGCUGGAUAUCGAGGUGAUGGUAGGCGAUGGUCAGUGGCUUCCCUACCCUCUUCUGGUUAUGGAACUACCCCAGGCAGUUCAAAUUUCUCUUCCAAGUGUUCAAGCCAGGAGAGACUGCAUCAGUUGCCACAUAUUCCUACAUCUGAAGACAUACAAAUGCUGACUCAUCAUUUCUCCAGUAAUGAAAGCAAUCCUUCUCUGCCAGGAAUUAGUUAUGAUGACACUGCCAUAACCCAUAAAUCACCAUUGCAUAGACCGAGGUCGAGAAGUCUUAGUAGUCCUAGUAAAUCACCAGUAAUUGACAACGAAAUAUGCAUGAUGAAUGUUCUUUAUAAGGACAGGUUUCCUAAAGCAACUCAACAAAUGGAGGAAAGGUUAAACAACUAUAUUGAAGAAAAUAAAACUUUCGAUUUUGGGGAAGAUUGUGAUUAUUUACCAAUUGUACGGUUUGUUCACCAUCAGGUUCUAGAAAUGUCUAGGGAUUGCCUACAUAAGUCUCAAAAUAAAUUAAUUACAAGUCGGUAUUUUUAUGAAAUGUCUGAGAAUUUGGAGAGAUUGUUAAUAGAGACAAAAGAGAAGUCUGAGGAUGCUGCGGCCAUGAUUACAGGGUUUAUAAAAAAAUUGCUUCUAAUAAUUUCACGACCAGCCAGACUUUUGGAAUGUCUUGAAUUCGAUCCUGAGGAGUUUUAUCAUUUUUUGGAGGCUGCAGAAGGGCAAGUUAAAGGCUUGCAAGGACUCAAGGCAGACAUUCCUCAAUAUAUCAUUCAGAAAUUAGGUUUAAACAGGGAUCCCAUCGCACAAUUACAGCAGGAACUGAAAGAUUGUAAUUGGUCUAGUAAUUCAUCAAGAUCAUCUUUAUGCAUAUCUUCUUCCACUCCUGUUUCUAGGAAAAAUCUUGACAAUCCUAAUGAACAAGAUUUUGAGGUAGUUAAAUUAAUAUCUAACGGUGCAUAUGGAGCAGUGUACUUAGUCAAACACAAGCAAACUCGGCAGAGAUUCGCCAUGAAAAAAAUUAAUAAGAAUAAUCUUAUGCUGCGUAAUCAAGUUGAACAAGUAUUUGCCGAAAGGGAUAUUCUCAGUUUUGCAGAUAAUCCAUUUGUAGUUAGCAUGUAUUGCAGCUUUGAGACCAAGAAGCACUUAUGUUUAGUUAUGGAAUAUGUAGAGGGCGGGGACUGUGCUAGUCUUAUAAAACAUACAGGUCCGUUACCUCCUGAUAUGGCUAGGUUCUAUUUUGCAGAAACAGUGUUAGCUGUCGAAUAUCUUCAUUCAUAUGGAAUUGUCCAUAGAGAUCUUAAACCUGACAACCUGUUAAUCACUGCCCUGGGGCAUAUAAAACUGACGGAUUUCGGAUUAAGUAAAAUGGGUCUUAUGUCUUUGGCAACCAACCUUUACGAAGGUUAUAUUGAUACAGAAGCCCAUCAGUUUUCUGAUAAACAAGUGUUUGGUACUCCUGAAUAUAUUGCACCUGAAGUCAUUCUCAGACAAGGUUAUGGUAAACCUGUGGAUUGGUGGUCAAUGGGCAUCAUUCUUUAUGAAUUUCUCAUUGGUUGUGUGCCUUUUUUUGGGGAGACGCCUGAAGAAUUAUUUGCUCAUACUGUUCAGGAUGACAUUGAGUGGCCCGAUAAUGAAGACUGGUCUAUUCAAGAGGAGGCUAAGGAUCUUAUAACCAUGUUAUUGCAACAUUCACCAAGAGAUAGACUGGGUACAGGGGGUGCCCAUGAAGUUAAAGAGCACAUCUACUUUCAAGGAAUAGACUGGAACUCUUUGUUGCGGCAAAAAGCCGAAUUUGUUCCACAGCUUGAACAUGACGAGGAUACUAGUUACUUUGAUAGCCGCAUGGACAGGUACAGUCAUGAGCUUGAAGAUGACACGGAUGAUACUGACGAUUCUCCAGUAUUUGGACUGUUCUCAUCAUGCUCGCCGCAGUACAGAAAAACUCAUGGCUCUAAAUCAAAUCAUGCAUCAUCGGACACAAGUAGUUUCAAGUCUGCUGAACUAGCUACUCCAGAAGCAUCUGCAACUGGAUUGGAACUUAAGCACAAGACAUCUACCACCUUUACUCCUAUUUCACUAGAUUUUACGGGAUUACCCAAACCAUCUGAAUGUCGAAAGAUUUCAUUAGACCUCUCGCUCUGCACAACAACAACUCCAGAAUCAUCCCAAACUGAUAGUGAUGAUGUAUCUCCUCAGAUUCACAGGAGAAGAAAGGCAAGCCACGGUCGGGAUAUUUUACCAAAAUUCUCCAUUUCUAUUGAAGAUAAACAUAGUAGUAUUGAAGCUGGAACAUCUUCAUCUGAAAACAGGGAAAAAUCGCCAAGUACUAAUACUUUAGAGUACACUUGUAACAAAAAUGAUUUUCAAGCACCACCUUGCAGUAUACUUUCUCCAAAUGGCGGAGGCGGUUCAAGUACAGCCAGCUCUCGAGACACUUCACCUUGUCGAGAAUUGUCACCAUUAGUAACUACCCUCAAACCACCUAUUAUCAUCCGUAGGGGUCCUAAAGGUUUUGGUUUUACAGUUCAUACUAUCAGGGUCUAUUAUGGUGACACAGAUAUUUACACCAUGCAUCAUCUGGUUAUGGCUGUGGAUGAGGGUAGUCCAGCAUUUGAAGCUGGACUUCGGCCUGCGGACCUUAUUACUCAUAUAAAUGGUGAAGCAGUUCAAGGACUGUAUCAUACCCAAGUAUUGCAGCUGCUGCUUGGAGGGGCAGAGCAUGUCAGCUUGAGGGCAACUCCAUUAGAACAAACUUCAAUAAAAACCGGAGGAAGAAAGAGGGAGCCUGGACAAAGUAAAUUAGCCAAACGCAGUUUGAACAGACAAAAGAAGCAGAAAAAAGACAGUGAUAAGCGCAGAAAAACGUCGUUGUUUAGAAGAAUUAGCUCUAAGCGUGCGAGUGUUGAAAUGCAGCAAAUUGCUGCUAAUAUUCAGUCGCCAGUGACUGUUACGCCCAGUAGAAGUUUUCAAUCUUUUCCACGAAGUGAUAGUAGUCUAUCUUCAUGUCCGAUUAGAACUGUAACAGCCAACCGCUCCAGCCUAUCACCUGAUUCAUUCAAUCAACACUCAGGUAAUUCAACACCACCAGCAACUUCUUCUGGCACACCUUCACCUACAUCUGGAGCAACUGGAAGAAAUAAUAAUAAGCAGCAUUAUCAAAGGCCUUCAACAUUGCAUGGUUUAAAGCACAAACUUCACUCUACUGGCUGUUCUAAAUCGCUUCAUGCUAGUGGUCCUUCUUGUUCGUCUACAGUUCCAAACAGGAGAAAGUCUGUUGGCCACAUACCACUUUCACCUUUAGCCAGAACACCUUCGCCUUCGCCUCUACCAGCUUCACCUACAAGAUCUCCAAGUCCGCUCGCUUUUCCAAUUGGUCAUCAACCUGUUAAGCAAUACCCACAUCUUAACCAGCAUGUAACAGCACAACGCCUAAUGGGCCAAAAACGUGUAAUUAUAAACAAGAGACUUACAACACAUGAGCUGCAAAAUAUUGAAGAAGAAGUUGGAAAAAUAAUUAAUGAAAAGCAAGUGGGAAGCCAUGAACAUGAAGACAUCACAGUAGAAUCACCACAUCAAACAGAAGAAUCACAUGACAAAGAGUUCAUUUUAUUUCAUUCUGCCAGUAGCUCUAAUACUACCCAAUCAUAUAGCCCUAGUGCUGGCUCUGCUCCAAUCACUGUGACGGCUCAAUCAAAAAAGAGUUUUGCUCGUCCAAAGGGAUCUGAACCAGGCUCUCCUCUACUGAGGCGAGCCCUUUCGCCAGAUCGCCUACAUCCAAGGAGCGCUGAAACCAAAUGCUCUAUAUCACCUUUGUGCUCAUCUGGUAUGGUAGCUCCUGCGGUAAAGGCUCAAAAUAGAACUGGAAAUUCUUCAGUUUGGAGGCCCAUUGCUUCUGUUGACAAAGAGAAGGAAGGGGAAUUGGAAUUGCCUCAACCUACAGACAGUGUGACUUCUUCGGCAGAGAAUCGCCUCUCACUUACCUUACCUGGCCCUGGCGAGCUUCUACCCCGCAUAGCCGAGGAGAAAGAUUCUCCAACUGGGGGACAGGACUGUUCCAAAGAGAAAUGUUCUGAAGGUAAAGAAUCUACAAUAGAAAAUAAAAGCAAGAAUAACUCUCAUAAUGAUCAAGAAAAUAAAAUACAAACCAAAAAAUAUCAAGAGGUUGAGAAAGAAAUAACCAAAAAGGUGAAGGAUUUCAUUAAGGAGGCAGAAAGUAAAACAAAUAUAAAAGAAAAAAAUAUCAAGAAGGAAAAAGUUGCUCCACAUUUCAGUGAAUCGACACCAAAAUAUAAUACCAAUAUUAACUCUCAAAUUACUAGUUCAAAACUAGAUGUUAAUAAAACCAAUGAAACAAGUAUUAUUCAUAAUAAAAAUUUGGAAAAAAAAGAUAUACCUAAAGUUUCAACCAAGCCAGAAAAGGAAAAACCGCAUCAGAACAGUUCAGAAAUUAGAGAUAAAAAAGACAGAGAUAUUUCACACAAGACUCAAACAAAAAAUGAACCUACCACUUCAGGCUUCAAGAGUAAUAAAUCUGAAAAAAAAGAGAAAUUUUCAGCUAAAGCAGAAGAAAAAGAUAGCAAAAGUUGCAAAACUAAUAAGUUUUGAAAAAUAUUUUAUUUCUAUCUUAUAUUCAGAUCUUGUGUGUAACCACUUAAUGUAGUUAGUUUCAAUUUUAUGAUGUUUUUUUUUUUUCUGUCAGUUAUGUUGUAAAGACUGACUAAUGAAAUUUAUGAAAUAUUAAAUUAACUAAGCCAGUCUUUUUGUUUCUAUAUUGCUGCUGUUUGUUUUUUAAAUGUUGAUUGUUUAUUGUAGAUUUUUUUUCCUCAGUAUGUACUUAAAAAAGUUACUGCUCAAUGGAGUAAAAAUACAUGGUUAUUUAUCAAUUUUUUUUGUAUGUUUUUUUUUUAAUUGUAUCAAAGUAAAUAAUCUUAAUGUGAUGUUUUAGGUGUAAGUUUAAAUUUUAAUCAUCUUUUAAAUAAAUUAAAAAGGCUGUUUGGAUGUUUUCGCGUUUUAAAUUAUUCUUGUAAAUUAAUUUAUAUAUUUUAUCUUCAAGGUUUUUUUAAUAUUUCAAUUUUUUUUUUUUUUAAAUUGUUAUCAAAGUAAAUAAUCCUAAUGUGAUGUUUUAGGUGUAGGUAACUUUAAACAUCUUUAACAUAAAUCACAAAGGCUGUCUGGAUGGUUUAAAAUUGUAUUAAAUUAUUAAUUCUUUUAAAUUAAUUUAUAUAUUUUAUCUUUAAGGUUUUUUUUUUACAUAAUUAUAGGAUAUGUAUCUAUUUACCUGAACGAUUCGAUCUCAUCUAAAAAUUUUAAUUUCAGUUUGAUAAUUUUAUCAGUGAUUGUUUUACUUAAAUUAUUCCCAAGUCCUGAAAUAGUGUAUUUUACAAAUAAUUAUAUUUUUGGAGGUAUGUUUGUAAUAAUAUAAUGUCGCUGUGAACCUGGAAAUAUGGGAGAAUCUAACUUAGAAUCGGUAUCGGUAACACAGAUUACGACAUUAUAUCAUUAUGUGAUAUUGACCAAUUGUUAAAUACAUAUAUCACAGAAUCUCAGUAAAACUUAAUUGAAAAA